AUGGACCUACGUCAGCAGAAUCAGAUGCGGAACGACUUGAUCAGAGCCCGAACCCAAGUCUGGAGUCUGAGGUGCGAGCGGAACGCAGCCAAAACCAAGAACCAGUCCCUGCAAAACGAGGUCCACGAAGCCAAAGACGAGAUCCGGACUUUGAUGGUUACUUUACAAGACUCUGACACCGACGUGGAAGAAGGCAAGUACACCAUUGCGAUGCUGACGUAUGAGCGCGACAAGUUACGCAACGAGGUCCAGAGAAGGCCGCCAGAGGACAUCAAGGGCCUGCGAGCACAGCGGGAUGAGCUUCGCCGCAAGCUGCACAAGUCGAGCAAGCUACUCGAUGUCAAGGGGGCGGCCGUCGAGCAGUGCCGCAAAGAUCUAACCGCAUACAAGAUCAGCAUCUCCUCCGCAAACCACGAGCAGGACCAGAUCCCCGACAACGAGAUUCAGAGCAAGUUUGAGAGCAUGUUCUACGCACUUCAAGACGUUGCGGUCUCGGCGACGCGUGGUUCAAAGCUCGGUACGUCUCGCUCUUCGAGCCAAAGCAUGCCGUCCAACCAUGUGUCAGAUACCUCGAAGCUUCCGGAGACUGCACAGAAGUGGCUUGACGCCCAAGUGACGAAUACUAGGCACCUGCCCAAGCGAUACUGGCCAUACAUCAUCAUUAUACUGAUGUCUCGAGCAAUCUUCUCAUGCUUCGCGCCUCAGUACUAUUUCGGGCUGUCUUCCCGACCUACGAUCAGUGCGGCAACAACGCUUGCCUCGACUAUGAAAGUUAUCCGUUUGCUCGAGCACACCGGCAAAUUUUGGGCUGACGGGUUAUUAGGAUCCGAGGCUCAGGCCAGACCAUGGCUGAAGGCUACUCGCGCAAUACUCUCUGACAUCAACUCUGAUGCUCUGCGUAAGUCCGACGACGCAUUUGUUGACAGUAUCGUACGCGAAUUGCAGGACAUCUUUCGCACUGCUAUGCCCUCAAGCUGGAAGAAUACUAUCGAGAAAGGCCUUCGGAAGAUAUGCGCCGACGCACUUCAGCUGAUGGCGAAGCUGCACUCUUCGAAGCCACUAUUCGCUUUCGAGUUCAUUCCAAUUAAGUCUCCAGCGGGAUGUCCUCAUAUCUUCGAUCCAAAAUGGAUGCACAGUAUCUCUGCUGACGAAGAUGAGCUGGCGGGGAGGCCGCUGCAAGUCUUGGUCUUUCCAGCAGUCCUCAAAUACGGCAAUGAGUUUGGGCAAGCCCAGGAUAAGAUGACCAUUAUCUCACGAGCGAGGGUGCUUCUCAACGAUGAGCAUCGCGGUGUGCGCGGCGGUAUUCUGAAGGAAGUCUCUUCUUCACGGUCUGGUAGAGCAGGAGAAUGGGCUACCAGCGACCGUGGUGGGCUGGAGCCGAGCUGGUCGAGCGGUGCAAUGGUGGAGGAGGGACAGAAGUUCGAGAUCCAAGUCAUGGAGGUGUGCUUCAGAUGGAAAUGCACAUGUCGAGACAAGACUUGCAAUGCGAUCACAACGCCUGGCUUUGCUCUGUACUACAUGAUGCGAGCGAGGGUUGCGUACACACUGCACAGCACAAAUGACGUUGUGCUUAAACACCUUCAUUUCUUGCUCUCGAUCGCGUUCGAGGUCAUGCAGUCAUCUCCUGCGGCGCUCUUCGCUGCAAGCGUUGCAGCCAUUGGACAGAAGUCGACAGUCAAUUUCAAUGGCACCGGCAUGCUUCUUGGCUCCAGCAACGCCGCUGUACAGAUCAUGGUCGAGCAGGAUGACUGGCCAGCUGUGCUUCGAGUGUGUGAUGAUGUGGCAAUGGACUUCGGCCGUGUCACGGGCGUCAACGGCACGGUAUCAUUGAUCAAUAACGGCACAGCACCUUCUCUCAACUCUAGCAUGAUCUACAAUACCACUGGACGGACUUCACACCAGAUGGGACAGGCUUCAUAUGGCAGCAAAGGCGGCGUAAUGAUUGCAGGCACCAUCGGCAAUUCUAGCAUAAUCGACUGUCUCAUCCAGGAGGGCAAGAUUGAUGUCAGCGCAGUAUCUGGUACAUGGGAGGCUUAUGUCUCGGUGAUGGUGGCCAAUCCAAUUCCUGGAGUAGCACAAGCUAUGGUCAUUGCAGGCUCAAAUCGUAGAGGCACAAUCUACGGUCUCUACAGUGUCUCGGAGCAGAUUGGUGUAUCUCCAUGGUACUACUUUGCCGACUCUCCGCCGCAAAAGCACGACAAGGUCUACGCUACGAACACAACAGCUGUACAAAAGUCACCAUCUGUGAAGUACAGAGGCUUCUUCUUGAACGACGAGGCGCCGGCACUGACAGGCUACAUUAUGGCGAAGUUCCCACCAUCGCCUUGGGGCCCUGGCUUCAACGCCGACUUUUACAAGACUGUCUUCGAGCUUCUGCUUCGUCUCCGAGCCAACUAUCUGUGGCCAGCACAAUGGAACAGCAUGUUCGAUGUCGAUGAUGCACGAUCUCAACCACUCGCCGACGAGUACGGCAUCGUCAUGGGCACUUCUCAUACUGAGCCGAUGAUGCGCGCAACCAAGGAGUGGAAUGUAUUCGGCAAAGGCGCUUGGCAGUGGAACACGAAUAACCAGUCAAUCUAUCCUUUCUUCGUAGAGGGAGUUCAGCGCUCGAAGCCGUACGAGGGCGUGCUUACCAUGGGUAUGCGUGGCUCUGGUGACACUGCAUUGGGCUCAGGUAUCGAGACCGCUUUGCUGGAAAGUGUUGUGGCUGCUCAGACGGAGAUCCUGGACAAUCUUUGGGGAAACGUUUCGGUCCAGGACCCAAACAUCGUCCCUCAGAUGUGGUGCUUGUACAAGGAAGUGCAGGGAUACUAUCAAGCUGGCAUGCGAGUACCGGACUACAUCACUCUUCUAUGGACGGAUGAUAACUUUGGAAGUGAGUAUACAACGCUAUCCCACGUUCCGAUAAGUACUAAUCUCAUCGCAGACAUUCGACGACUACCACUAACCAACGAGACCGACCGUGUCGGCGGAGCUGGCGUGUACUACCACUUCGACUACGUCGGAGACCCUCGUGACUAUAAGUGGAUCAACACUGUACAGCUCCAGAAGACUUGGGAGCAGAUGCACUUGGCCUAUGAGCGUGAUGCGCGAACUAUCUGGGUGGUCAAUGUUGGCGACUUGAAGCCUCUUGAGCUGCCAAUCAGCCACUUCUUCGAUAUCGCGUACGACAUGGAAGCCUAUGAUGAGGCUAGUGUGCCUACAUGGCUCGAGAGCUGGGCGGCGCGAGAGUUUGGACAGUCGGUCGCUGCACAGACAGGUGCACUUAUGAACAAUUAUAGCAUUGCGGCAGGACGACGCAAGUUCGAACUUGUGGACCCCACGACGUACAGCCAAAUCGACUACAGCGAAGCGGAUCGAGUUCUCGCAGAGUGGCAAGCUAUGCAGUCAGUUGCUCAGAGCAUCUACGACAGUCUUCCAGCGGCGAUUCAGCCUGCUUUCUUUGAGAUGGUCUAUCACGCAGUGACAGCAGCCACCACCUACUACGACAUCAUGAUCACUGUGGCGAAGAACAACCUGUACGCCUCGCAAGGCCGUAAUAGUGCGAAUGCUUUGGCACAACACGCACUCGAUCAGUUCGCACAUGACCACCAGCUGAGUGUGCAAUACAACAGCCUCCUCGGCGGAAAGUGGGCGCACAUGAUGGACCAAACACAUAUUGGCUACCAAUACUGGCAACAGCCAAUGCGUCAAGCCCUCCCUGGCUUGCAGUGGGUCGCCAACCUGGAGCGAGAUCUUGCUGGCGAUAUGGGCGUCUCCAUCCAGAACAGCAAUGCAACAGUGCCGGGUGAUGACAUGUACCACACACUCUCGUCUGAAGUCCUCACCUUCACAAAUUUCGACCCCUAUGGCGUCAGCAGCCAAUACAUCGACAUCUUCAACAUGGGCACCAAACCCUUCAGCUGGAAGCUCUCCGCCAAUGCAAGCUUCGUCAGCUUCUCUCAGGCAUCUGGACAGCUCUCGACCAACGGCUCAACCGAUGCCAGAGUCUACGCCACGGUUGACUGGUCGAAGUGCCCUCCAGGCAGCGGUAUGGUUCUCAUCAACAUCACUGCUUCAGAAGCGCAGUCUACUAUGUACGACCAGCAGACACUGUACGGCACGCAGUACUCGAUGCCACAAUUGAUGCUACCAUACAACCAUACUGUGUUACCCUCGAACUUCACAAACGGCUUCGUCGAGUCAGACGGUCAUAUCACCAUUGAGCUCGAGCACUGGAGCAGCAAGACAUCCGCCAACGCAAGCGCUCUUGACUACAAAGUCAUCCCUGGCCUCAGUCGUACGCUAUCGGGCGUCACGCUCUUCCCCGUCACGGCUGCCUCGCAGUCUACCUCUUCGGGACCAAUGCUUGAGUAUGACCUCUACACUUUCUCGCCGAGUGUGGCAGCUGGUGUACUGAACAUCACCAUCGCCACCACUACAUCGCUGAAUACCAUUCCUGAUCGCCCACUGAAGUACGCCAUUCAACUCGACAACCAAACACCAAAGACUGUGCAGUACAUCAUCGAUCAGCCAGCUGGUGCCAAUCCCACGGGCUGGCUCACGGCAGUGGCCAAUAGUGCGUGGACCAGCACGAGCAACUUCACUUACUCAGGUCCUGGUGCGCACAAGCUGAAAAUUUGGGCGCUGGAGCCUGGUCUUGUGCUCAAUACGGCGUGGGUGAAUCUGGGUGGUAUCAGGCCAAGUUAUCUUGGGCCACCAGAGAGCUACCGCGUUGUCUGA